UUCCAUAAGGUCAGGGGAGUGCAGGUGUUGAGGCACUCACACAAACUGGAAAUACGCAUCACAGGCAAGAUGACGGCUUUGCUUGGUAGUUAUAGUGUCCCUUUUCUUGGACUAAGCAUCUUCAUCGCUGGCUUGACUUAUGUCACCUACAAACUGCUACGUAGCUACCUUCAAAUAUGGUUUCAGUUGAAGCCUGUUCCAGGUUUGGAGGGAACAUAUCCCUUCAUUGGGAAUGCACUGAUGCUUAAAACCAAUUCCGGAGAUUUCUUUCGUCAAAUUGUGGAAUUUACUGAAGCCUUCAAAGAUGCACCGUUGUUCAAAAUCUGGAUUGGACCAGUUCCAUUUUUGAUUCUUUUUCAUAGUGAAACUGUUGAGAAAAUUUUGAGUAACCCAAUUCACCUGGACAAGGCUUUUGCAUACACAUUUCUUCAUCCAUGGCUUGGAACCGGUCUGCUAACCAGCACUGGCCGAAAGUGGCGUCAGAGGAGGAAAAUACUGACGCCAACCUUCCACUUUUCCAUUCUGGCGGACUUCUUGGAAGUGAUGAACGAGCAGGCGGAGAUUCUGGUGGAAAGGUUGGACAAGAUGGCCGGGAAGGGUCCUUUCAACUGCUUCAAUCAUGUCACUCUCUGUGCACUAGAUAUCAUAUGUGAAACUGCAAUGGGAAAGAAGAUCUACGCACAGAGUAAUUCAGAUUCAGAGUAUGUAAAGAGUGUUUACAGAAUGAGUGAUAUUGUGAGUCGUAGGCAGAGGACACCUUGGUUUUGGCCGAACUUUUUGUAUUACAACUUUGGGGCUGGCAAUGAGCAUGACAAAACACUCAAAGUCCUCCAUUCCUUCACAAAGAAAGUGAUAAAUGAAAGGUCCGAGAACCUGUCCUACAUUGAAACUGACAGUGAUUCUGACCAAAUCAUACGAAAACGACACGCCUUUCUGGACAUGCUUCUGAAAACCACAGAUGAAGAAGGCAAUAACUUGACCCAUGAGGACAUUCAGGAGGAAGUGGACACCUUCAUGUUUGAGGGUCAUGAUACUACAGCUGCUUCUAUGAACUGGGCCCUGCAUCUGAUGGGCUCCCAUCCUGAGGUCCAGAAAAAAGUCCAUCAAGAGCUACAGGAGGUCUUCGGUGAAUCUGACCGACCAAUCAACACAGAGGACCUAAAGAAACUCAAAUAUCUGGAGUGUGUGAUCAAAGAGGCUCUGCGACUGUUUCCCUCCGUGCCUUUCUUUGCCCGAAGCCUCUGUGACGACUGCCAUAUCAAGGGUUUCAACAUUCCCAAAGGCACAAACGUUAUCAUAAUCACCUACGCUCUCCAUCGUGACCCACGAUACUUCCCUGAGCCUGAGGAGUUCAGGCCUGACCGUUUUCUGCCCGAGAAUUCAGCUGGAAGGCCUCCAUAUGCCUACGUCCCUUUCUCUGCUGGACUCCGCAACUGUAUAGGUCAGCGCUUUGCUCUAAUGGAGGAAAAGGUGGUUCUGGCAUCCAUUCUGCGUAACUUCAGUGUCGAAGCCUGUCAGGGACGUGAAGACCUUCGUCCAGUAGGAGAGCUAAUCCUGCGUCCAGAACAGGGCAUUACAAUCAAACUGGAAAAGAGGUCAUCUAAGAAAUCAAACUAGAGCCUGUUCCAGUGUACUGAGGGCUUUUCCCAUUAUUGUAUCCAAACAAAAGUCCAAAAACCCUAGAGUUUGAUUUUUUUUUUUUACUAUGCUGGACUCAUCCAUUCUGAACCCAUUUGAUUUAAUCCUGUUUAGAGUUUAAGGUGAUAGGUUAGUCUCUGCACUCACAGGACAUUUUAAACUUGAUUUAUGUCAUGAAAGGCUCUGAACACAGACCCAAGCAAGGAUAUCUUUGUUUACAUCACUGUGACAUCACCAAGGGUUAUUUGCUCAGACCUGAUAGGUUCUUGAAGAGAAGGUACAUUCAGAUUAAUGAUUAUCAUGACGAAUACAUCUUUUCUGUCUCAGUCAUAAGGAGGCUGGAAGCAUCCACUGUUAAGAAAAAGUAAUCAUGCUAUGACACACUUACAAAUGGCCCCAUUCAUUAUGUUACCGAGUGAUUUAGCUGGCGUGCCUGCAAGAGUCAUUGUCCAACACCACAAUAACUUCAAUUAUGGUGAAUUGUAUUAUUUUUCCAAUGCUAUUAUUUGAAUUAUUGAACAUAUCCCUAAUCGAUGGCUUGAAAGAGCUGAGGUGCCUCAGCUCCAAAUGAAGCAGAAAGAGUCCAUUCAUCUGAGUUUCCAUAAUAAAUGGCACAGAUGAAGGAGCUUUAGUGUGUGUCCUUUCCUGGGCAUUCUACUGUUAUGUGCUGAUAGUAAAUCUUUAUGAAAUCAGUCGUACAUUAAAUGUCUUUAAAUACUUUAUUAAGUAUUAAAUGGGCAGUAUUAAGAUAUCUUACAAUAUAACAGUGUUGAUCUGUGUAUCCAUUUUGCUGAGAAUUUCUGCUCAUUUUCCUAAUAAAAGAUGCUUGCUCUUUGUUGCACAGAGGGUGUACAAACAAUUCAAUCCAUUAGCCAGCUAAAAUGGCCUUACCACUGCCUGUUGCAUAAUCAGUGUCAAUAAUUAAUCCCUUGGAAUGUCAUUUUAUCCUCUAAUAGCUUUCAGUGUAAAAAAACAGUCUGUGACUUCAUUUUAAAAACUGCAAACACGCAUCUCAACAUCUAAAAUAGUAAACUUUGUGUAUUUUUCACCAUUCUGUAAUCCAACAAAAAACAGAUAAAAAGACAACAACUUAGUAGUAAAACACUCAUCAUCAUCAACUUCCUUCAAGUAUAGCAGCUGUGGCUCAGGAUGUUGGUGGUUUAGUGCUUAUCCGCCUGACUAGUUAAUUCAUUUGCAGGAGAGUGUGUGCUUGAAAACGGGAAAGCACUUAUAAGCUGAAAAAAAAGUUCAAACUAGAGA